CGUCGCCGGUGCGGCCAAUCGGCGUCCCGGAAGGAGCGAGUUUAGGCGACUGAGCCAGUGAAUGACAGCAGCGCCGCCCGCCGGUCGCAGCCGCGGCCCCGCCGGUGUCCCGAGCCUGCUGUCAGCGCGGCGCGCCUUCGUGCCGCGCCUGCCCGCCCGCGUGCCUGUGGCCCAGCGGGGCCUCCCCGCUCUCCCCGGCCCCUGCCCCGCUUGUCCCUCCGCGGCCGGCGCCAUGGGCAGCGAGCAGAGCGCGGAGGCCGAGAGCCGCCCCGGCGAUCUGAACGCCUCAGUGACUCCAUCUCCAGCUAAACAUCGGGCCAAGAUGGAUGACAUCGUGGUCGUGGCUCAGGGCUCUCAGGCCUCCAGGAAUGUCAGCAAUGACCCUGAUGUCAUCAAGCUGCAAGAGAUCCCAACCUUCCAGCCUCUUUUAAAAGGGCUCCUGAGUGGACAGACAUCCCCGACAAAUGCCAAGCUGGGGAAGCUGGACUCUCAGCAGGUGCUGCAGCUCUGCCUACGGUACCAGGAUCACCUGCACCAGUGUGCAGAAGCGGUUGCCUUUGAUCAGAACGCUCUCGUCAAGCGAAUCAAAGAGAUGGAUCUGUCCGUGGAGACCCUCUUUUGCUUCAUGCAGGAGCGCCAGAAAAGAUACGCUAAGUAUGCGGAGCAGAUCCAGAAGGUGAAUGAGAUGUCGGCUAUACUGCGCCGCAUUCAGAUGGGCAUUGACCAGACGGUGCCACUGAUGGAGAGGCUUAACAGCAUGCUGCCGGAGGCCGAGCGCCUGGAGCCCUUCAGCAUGCGGCCUGAGCGUGAGCGGCAUUAGCAGGCAGGCACCCGCCUCCCGGGGGAAGCAGCUCCACCAGCAGCCGCCUGGGCCCUGAUGUUUGCUUAGAUACAUUUGACCUACACGGACUUUCCCGCAACCAUCAUUCUUAAUAACCGAAGUUGGGACAGUUGAAUUCCUGUGAAUUCUUUAAAGAACUUUGCAUCAAGAGCUAUUUUUAUUUUGCUCAGAUUUUUUUAAAUUAAAAGUUAUAUAGAGUAAGUAGCUCCUGCAACGAAACUGGAGAAAACAUUAAAGAAACCGUGUUCUCCUUGGCA